AAUUUCCAUUGUUAACAACUGACUCUUCAAUUUCUCUUCAUUUCACACUUGUUUUCUUCCUCCAGGAUGUCAUUUUUAUCUCCUGUUUCUUCAUUUUCAUCACUGAUCUAAAUGAUAUGUAUAUACAUACAAAAUCACAGAGCUUCUAUCUUUUUCUGCUGUUGUUUUUAAUUGAUUUUAUGUUUUCUUUUCAGCUAAGCAAACAUCUAUGCUUUGCUCCAAAAGAUCCUUUCAUCUUGGUCAGUGCCUUUUUUUCUUUGAGUCUUUUGUAGGAUUAUUUCUCUUUUUUCAUUUAGUAUAUAUCUUCUUGGAAGUUUGUCUUUUUAAGGGUUUCUGGGCCAUUAUGUAACCAUCCAUCUUUAAUACUUUUCUUGUUGAAAACCUCAGCUCUCACUUUCUUUCAACCACUCUUUGAGAUCAUUUUCGAUCAUUUUUCUAUUUGUAUACAUAAUACAUAUAAAUAUAUAUACACACACGCACACUUAAGCUGUGGUUGUUCUUGGGGAGAAGAUAUUGAGUCACAUCAGUUAAUGAGAAAUCUGAGGUAUGUGAACCUGUUUGGGGUAAAAGAAGCAGUGGAUAGAUAAUUAAGUGUUCCUCUGCAAGGUUCAUCCACUGAGGGUGAGUCGGAGCUGAAACGAGGCAUGGAGGAAGAUGGUCAGACUAUUGUAAUUCAAGAGAAGGAUAAAAUGUACAGUAAGUUUUGCCCUUUGUGCAAUAAAGGAUUUAAUUCAGGUAAAGCUGUGGGAGGUCACAUGAGAAUUCACGUUCAGGCCACGAAAAAAGUAACUCAACCCAUAAAGUCCAAGAAACGUCUGCGAGAAGAUGAAGAAAUAAGUGAAUCUGAUUAUGUGAAAAAGAAGCAUUAUAACAAGAAGCUGAGUUGUUUAAUUUGUGGGAAGAAAUUUUUAUCGAUGAAGUCAUUGUGUGGGCACAUGAGGUGCCAUCCAGAGAGGAAUUGGAGGGGAAUUCAGCCACCUACAAUAGCUAAAAAGAGUUCUUGGUCGAAGAUAGAACCUAAUAUUGCCUAUAAUCAGAUUGAUUCAAUUACUGAUGCUGAUGGAAAUCAAUCAAUUGAUUCUGUCGAGUCUUUUCUUGCUUUGUCAGUGACUGCAAAGAGAGGCAUGAGCGUCACAUCGGAGUUCUCAGGCUCGGAGGAUGGUCAGUUAAAUGAUGCUGUUCUUAAUCUUAUGAUGUUGGCUCAUGGGGGAUCAUUUGAGAAUGGACAAUUAAACCGGCAAAGAGUUGUUGAAUCUGAGGUCACUAACAGCAAUUCACUAACUUAUAAGAGUGAAAUUGGGGAUACUAAUAAGGUUUCUGAAUCAAAGACUUCAAUCGAGGAAAACGGCUCUACUAAUCUUGAAGGUUUAAAGAUGAGCAACAAAAUUGGGAGUUUACUUCAAAAAUCAGCCAGCAUUGAAGAACACGGGCGUACUAAUGCAAAAAUGACGAUCAAGAACGAAAGAAAGAAAAAGGUGAGAUUGAGUGAUCUUGAAUACAAGAAAUAUGACGGUCCAGUGACUACAAAGCCUCCCCACGUUAAGUACAAUUGCAUUACAUGCGGCAAGUGUUUCGAAACUCGCCAAGCACUAGGGGGUCAUAGGGCUAGCCAUAACAAAUAUAAGACUGCUAUUUACAACUCCAUCGAUCAAUCUUCAUUUGCAGCUUCUGAGGAUGAAAUACUUUCGACUGGCAUUGUCCAAGUAGACUACGAAAGUCCAGAAAUUGCCCAGAAACAUCAUAAAAUUCCGGAUUUCGAUCUCAAUGAGGUGCCUCCAUUAGAGAAUAAAGCUGGUAUUGAGUCUGAACUUGCAGCUGACUUUGAUUAUGGAUCUUCUUAGAACUUUUUUGUUUGGUUCAAGUAAUUUCAGCUCAUAAGCUAAUUCCGACUUUAGUAUUAUGAUUUUAGAUUUGCAAUUUCGACAUCUUAGUUUCAUUAUAUAGGAU